UGUCACGAGAGGGAGAGAGCCUGGAGUGUGCCGAGCAUCCAACCAGUGCCAGUUUUCCCUCGAGGAUUGUGAAGUGAGGAAGGUAGAUACCAUCUGAAGAAAACCUACCGAUCAACGUCAUGGUCACCACCAGCGAACCACCCCAGCCUCAGAGGCGAUCCGAAACAAGAAGAAGCAAUAAGCCCAUAAUGGAGAAACGGAGAAGGGCGAGGAUCAACAACUGUCUAAAUGAGCUCAAAUCCCUUAUUCUGGACGCUAUGAAGAAAGACCCGGCCCGACACUCGAAACUGGAGAAAGCCGAUAUUUUAGAAAUGACGGUGAAACACGUCGAGACGAUGCAGCGUCAUCAGGUGGCCCUAGCCGCUGCCGCUGAUCCUGCUGUCGUCAACAAAUUCAAGGCGGGCUGGGGAGAGUGUCUCACGGAAGUCGGCCGUUUCCCAGGACUGGAGCAAGGGGUGAAGAAAAGACUCCUGGAACACCUUUCCCAAUGCAUGGACACGAGGACGGAAUCGGCCAGCGAACAGGGCAGCCACGUCGUCGCACUCGUUCCCACCAGGUUGCCCAACGGCCACAUCGCUCUCGUUUUGCCUUCUUCUCCGCCACCUCUCGCUCCGGCGACUCCCAACCAGCCGGUCUCCCUCGUCGUGAGGAAACCGCAGAUCGUCGAAAAACCCUGGCGGCCCUGGUGACCUCGAAAAAACGCCAAAUCGCGCCCGUCCGCUGCCCAGGAGGUUCGGUGGAUUCAAAUUCUGAGCUAAUUGUGAUAAUUUUUUUUACUUCGUCCUGGUGCCACCCUGUGGCUGUCUGCAAUCGUGUAGCACCUCAUGUACGAAUUGAUCUCAUAUAUAAUUCUUUUGUAUAAAAACUAUAUUUUGUUUGCAAAUGACUGAUAGCUUUACAAAAGUGCCUUAACAACACUAUCACAGUGUCUUCCAUGUGUAUAUUUUGUAUAUUUUUCUUGGGAAUAAAUAAUUAUUGUGUAAAUUAUUUUUAAAUAAUGUACAGAUAAGAUUAAUAGAGGCUAUAAUUAUAGUAUAA